AUGAUCAAAAUAAAGGCCCAGUUUCUGCUUCAAGCAGCUUGGACUUCUGCAUUCUUUAUUAGCUCUCCAGAUUAUUCUGAUGAAAUACCAGUGUUCGUGUCUUAUCUCUCCCAGUCAAGUGCCUUAGGCACUACUGGUUUUGAAAUCUUUGAAGUAAAUAGCCUUGAGAAACUUUGCAUUCAUUUUAGCAAUGAAAAAUUACACUUCUUCAAUCAGCACAUGUUUGUUCUGGAUCAAGAAGAAUAUAGGAAGGAAGGCAUUGAUUGGGUGUCCAUUGACUUCGGUCUGAAUUUGCAAGCCUGCCUAUAGCUCAUUAAGAAGCCAAUAGGCAUCAUUUCCAUCUUAGACGAAUGUAUGUUCUCUAAGGCUACAUAUGGGACUUUCAAGACCAAACUCUUUGACAACCAUUUUGGAUAGUGUUCAUCACAGAAACACAAACCAGAUAAGAGGAGGGAAUAUGAAACUCACUUUGAACUUGUCCAUUAUGUAGGCAUGAUGCCUUAUAACAUCACUGGUUGGCCUGAAAAUAACAAAGACACUCCUAUUGAAACAGUGGUGGCUGUAUUUCAGAAGUCUUCCAACAGAUUCCUGGUGCACAUUUUUGAGAAUUACAUCAAUACGAACAGUGAGUCACUUCUUUUGAUCCAGUAGAACAUAAGAGCUUUCUUAGCUGUGAAGAACUGCUGGAUGAGGCUCUUCUUCAAGAUCAAGCCUCUUGUUAAGUCUGCCAGAGUGAGAAAGGAGACAGUCUGACUGAAAGAAGAGUGUGUGCAACUGUGGGAAGCUUUGGAGAAAUCAGAAUCUCAGAGGAGACUGAAAGCAAAGCAAGUGUCCCUCAUCUGGGAAAAGAAUAUUCUGCUUCUUCAGUGACAAGCUGAGCAAGAGACCCUGGCAAAUACUGAAGAGCAAAGCACAUAGAUGAUUAAAUCCAAGAUCCAGCUGGAGGCCAGCAAGGAGCUGUCUGAGCCGGUGGAGGAAGAAGAGGAGAUAAAUUCUGAGCUGACUGCCAGGGGGUGGAAACUGGAAGAUGAAUGCUCUGAUUUGAAGAAAGAAAUCAAUGACCUGGAAACAAUAUUGGCGAAGUGAGAGAAGGAGAAGCGUGCUACAGACUCUAUCAUUGAUUUGGAAUUUGACCUUGAUGGUGUUAGUUUAAUUCCAGUUAAUGACUUUAGUUUUUUGAUUCUUCUAGGAAAGAAAAGAGAGAACAGCUGUGAAAGGGAAAAGUGCAAACUGGAGGGUGAUUUGAAGCUGAACCAGGAAAGUAUGGAGAACUUGGCAAGCAGCCAGCUGCAACUAGCUCAAAAGCUGAGGAGCUUUAUUUCCUUCUUCCCAUUAGGGGUUUUCCAGUUAUUUGGAAUAGACCAAACAAGAAGGGAAAACAGUGAGAAAAGAAUUAGAAACGAGUCAGAUGAGUUCAAAAUGGCAAAUGAGGCAGACCUAGUGGCUCAUCUACAGAUAGAGCUAAAGACUCAGAUACAAUAUUUGAAAGAAGAACUAGAAGCUGAAAGGACCACUCAAGCCAAGGUGGAAAGUGAGAGAGCUGACCUCACUCUAGAUAUAGAGUACUUGAAUGAGACUGAAGAGGCAGGAAGGCCCAGCUUGUCUCAUCUGGACAUAAAUAAGAAAUAAGAAACAGAAUUCCAGAAGCUUCACCAAGCCAUAGAAGAGGCCACACAGCACUUUGAGGCAACUUCUGCCUCUUUGAAGAAGAAACAUGUAGACAGCCUGCCUGAGCCUGAGGCCCAGAAACAAAAUCUAUAGUGGAUCAAGAAGAAACUGGAAAAAAGCAAAAGUGAUUUGCAGCUAGAAGUGGAUGACCUCCUGAAGCUUAUUGAGCAGAUGACCAGAGCUAAGGCUAAUGAUAAGAAGCUAUGUACACUAUAUGAAGAGUACUUGAAUGAAGCAAAUGCAAAACUGGAUAAAGUAACUCAGUUGGCAAAUGAGAAAACAACCCAGACUAAGACAUUCUGUUCUUCUAAAAAUGGGCAAUUCAUAAGGAGACUGGAAGAAAAGGAAGGUGUUCUGAUAAACCUGCUUUCUAGGGAAAAUAGCCAUUUCGCUUCGCAGAUUGAAGAUCUAGGAUGGUAACUGGAAGAGGAGACCAAAUCACAGGGUGCCCUGGCCCAUGUCCUGCAGUCAGCCAGGCAUGACUGUGACCUGUUGCAAGAGCAGUACAAGGAAGAACAGAAGUCCAAGGCUGAGCUGCAUGCUCUAUUCACAGGCAAUGCUGAAACGCCACCCUGGAAUAGGAGCAGCCAGCAGCACUCAGACAAGGCUCUUACUGACUGGAAGCAGAAGCAUGAGGAGUCUCAGGUGUUGCUGGACACCACUCAGGAGGCCAAGGCUCUCAACAGUGAACUCCUCAAGCUCAAGCACACCUAUGAGGAGAGCACUGUGAGCCAGAAGAUGCUUAAGAAAUACAAGAACCUCCAAGCUCCAAUUUCACUCUCUGGAGCUCUAGAAGGUAAUGAAAGCAAGAUUCUUUGUUUCCAUCUUGAACUCUUGAAAGCUAAACCAGAACUUGAAAGAAAGUCUUCUAAGAACGAUAAAGAAAUAGAAAAAUUUAGGAAGAACCAGCAGUGUGCUAUUGACUCCCCGCCGUUUUGUCUGGAUUCUGAAACUAAGAGCAGAAUUAAUAUUAUACGACUGAAGAAUAGAAGGCCCCUCAACAAGGUAGAACUCCAGCUUAGCUGAGCUCACUGGCAGAUAUCAGAGGCAACCAGUGCCCUGGCACGGGUUUGGAUUCAAAUCAAGAACCUUCAAGCACAGUUAGGUGACCACCCACACCUAACCAAUGAUCUGAAGGAGCAGGUGGCUGUAGCUGAGUGGUGCAACUCUCUUCUCUACUUUGAACUAGAGGAACCAAGGGUCUUGCAAGAGCAGACUGAACAUGGAUGCAGGCUGGUUGAAGAAGAGCUCCUGAAAGCCAUGGAAAGAAUUGACCUCUUUUUUCCGCAGAACACAAGCUUCCUCAGCCAGAAGAAGAAACUAAUAGUUGAUGUUGCUGACUGCAAGAAAAGAAAAGCCAAAGUGGUGGUGCAGGGUUGUCAACAUGCAGAAGGACAAGAAGGUAGCCACCAAGCAGCAAACAUGGCAGAAAAAUCGAAGGAGGAGCAAAUCACCAAUGCCCUGGAAAGGAUGAGAAAGUAUAUGCAACAGGCAAUCAAAGACUUACAAAAAAGGCUGGAGGAAGCUGAGGAAACUUCCUUGAAGGGAGGGAGAAAGCAGGUCCAGAAACUAGAAUCCGGGGUAAGAGAGCUGGAAGGUGAACUGGAGGGCAAAGUCUUGCACAGUGUGGAGGUCCAGCGGGGAGCCCACAGAUUUAAGCGAUGAUGCAUCAAAGAGUUGACCUAUCUGGCAGAGGGGAACAAGAAAAACCUGAACAGGAUGUGGAUUCUUAAGUAUAAACUUCAGCUAGAAGUGCUAAGUUAUAAGCAGCAAGUAGAGGCAGUGGAAGCACAAGCCAAUCAAUAUCUUUCCAAGUAUAAGAAGCAGCAACACCAGCUGAACGAAGCUAAAGAAAGUGCAGAGAUAGCAGAAUCUCAAGUCAAUAAACUCAAGAUUAAAGCAAAAGAGUUUCAAAGAAAAAUACGGCAGAUACUCAAUUCUGCUCUAAGCCUUAAAGCAUGUAAUAUGAAGUAUUAA